CUAGCUAGCAGUAGACUAGUACCGGUAGAUCUUGGGCCCCGUCCCACUCCUUGCCCGUAAACAUAGAGCUCGGUAACAUAGAGCUCGGUAUUGUAGAAUAUUCUGUAUUCCAUUGCAUGGUAUUCGAUGGCUAGGACAAAGCAGACAGCCAAGCAAAGGGUUAAAGAGAGGAAACAGUUUCUUGCAAGCAACGGAAUAUUUGGCAUUGCGGAUGAACCUGGAGACAAUACCCCGCAAAAGGACAGUCGAACGCGGUAUGGGAAUGCCUUCUAUCAGCAAUGCACGGAAAUGAAAACAGAGACUUCUGCGACCACAGAUUCCCCACGCCUCAAAGAGGGGGAUACCCGACCUCUUUCCUCUGGAAUCUAUCUUUGGGACUGGAAACAAGACAGUUCUUGCGAAUACAAAGUCCGUGGUGGCUUUCUCGGCUGCACGGAAUUCGCUUUUUUCGCCAAUGCAGCCAUUGUAACCACAGCGAGUGCCGGCAGCUCGUCGGAUCAUCUGGUGCAACUUCACUUGCAAGAAUGUGACAACAGCAGCGAUAGCAGCAACAACAACAAUGACAAGCGGCAGUUUUGUGCAGUUCUCUACACCAAGGAUGAUGUCAAUUCGUGGGAAUACUACGAAAGCCCAGAUCAGGACCUUCAUUUUACAAAGAUUCCCCAAUGCAUCAACCCCACCAUUGAUUCGCACCAAGCAGCCCAUGGAGAACCACAACAACAUGGGGGAAUACACUCGGAUGUAUGGACUGUGCAACGCCCAGAUUUGAUUCCAGCUGUCAAACCCAAACUCAACAAACUUGCGGCGACCACACAAGAUCGUCCAAUUCCUCGAUAUCAAAUGAUUAUUGAUCCCAAUCAAUGCGAACGAAAAGGAAAGUGGGUCCCCUCAGAAUUCGACGUGACGCCGGAAGCAAAAGUGAAACUGGUUGGCGGAGAUCGAGCACAUUGGAUGGAUACCAAUCUCAUUGACUCUGUGGCAACUCCAGUGCUCCAAGCAGCCCUCCCACUCCUUUCUAAAUUGAAACGUCCCAAACUCUUGUUGGAACAGCAACGGUUGCAAGUUGCCGUCAAGGCGCAGAGAAUCUUCCUCCCACCCUCUACGGAUGAAAAGGAUUCAGAAUACAUUGGCCUCUGGCAUAUUGAUGGACAACAUGAACCCGUGGCGGCCGUGAUAUUGUUUUACUAUCAUGUGGCCAAGGAUCUACGAGGUGGGAAUAUGGAGUUUCUGGAUCGCAAGCCAAUGAUGGUAAAAACCAGCUUUGCCUCGAGUGGCGGAAUCAACCAAUUCAAUAGCACCAAUGUUCGAGAGAUGCUGCGAGGCAACGACAAUUCACGCCACGCCAAUUGUUCUGUACCAAUUGAAGAAGAAGGAACACUGCUGGUGUUCAGCAACUAUCAGAUGGUCCAUCGGGUCUUGAAAAUGAUUAAUCAAUCUACCACGUCCGAGGCCUCUCGAGAUUUUGUGGCCCUCUUUGUCAUGGAUCCGGCCGCGGCUCCCUUGGUUCCCGCACGCUGUCAUUUGGCCCAGCAAUACGUUACGUUGAUGCAGCGCACCCUGGAAGGUCUCUGCCUUUCGACGAGACCUUGCUCAUGCUAG